AUACUGAUUCUUGAGUAUUAAUGUUAAGUGUGUCAACUAUUUAAUGAACGAUGUAACAAAUAGAUAGAUAAAUAAAUUUAUCUGGAUUGCUGAUAAUAAAAAUUUAACUGAACACUAAAAUCACUUAAAUAAUCGUUCCACACGGUAUUUACGCCGAUUUCAUUUUAUCUAAUCGCGAUUUUUCCAAUGCACAUAAAAUGUCCAGGAUUUCAUCAAAGGAGUACUUCACCCCGACAUUUAUAAUGUCAUCUGUACAGAGAGCUUUUACUCAGAAACUGAGUAAACAGCAUGCAGCUGACGUUAGACGUCAGAUUGCUAACUCUACUUCGUAUUCUCGCGACCUGUCGAAGAGUGGCAGCUCCUUCUCAGGCUUCUCCUCUACGAUGUCACUGUGUGAGGUAUUAGAGCCAUUGGAUUACGAAGAAUUCUUGGCUCAGCAUCAAUCAGUACUUGAUCGCGAUCCUCUUAAGUCGAUAUUAGACUUCCCACCUGGAGAUGUUGAAUUAAAAGUUGUGAAAAGGAAGAUCAGAACGGAGGAACCAGUUGUUCCUUUCGAAUCCUUAGACACAGUAUCUCCUUAUGUAAGAAGAUGUAUAGAAAGCUUUACCUCUGAUUGGGUAGUAGUGCACAGAAAGUACAAACGCAGAGUGUCUCCCAUAGCAAGGGACAGAUUGCUCCAGGAUACACCGAGACAAGACUUUGAGGUUGACCAAGAGGAUACAAAUGGCUCUGGAUCACCGAAUGAAGAGGAGGAUUUAUCUAAUUGCGGUGAUACGCCAAGAGGGUCUUGGGCAAGCUUGGAUCUGAGGCAUUCGCAACACGAUCCUCUGCUUCCGACUCUGUUAGACAGGGUUUGCCCAGAGACUGUCGAUCAAAUGAAUGAACAAAAACGCUCGGAAGAUCGUCAAGAAGCAUUGUUUCCGCUUUAUUCGCCUCCAACUUCGCCGGACGACGAAUGGCAAGAGAUUAGCAUCGCGCCAGAGCCAUCAGAACCUUUUUCUCAUAAAAUACUUGUGAAAUGUCUUCAAUUAAAGUUGGAAUUGGAGGUCGAACCAAUUUUCGCCAGUUUGGCAUUGUACGAUGCGAAGGAAAAGAAAAAGGUAUCCGAAAACUUUUACGUGGAUAUGAAUUCGGAGGGAUUGAAAAGAAUGCUUGGUGGUCAUAUCGCGUAUAGCGAUGCCAGCACAUUGGCAAGGAGCUGCGUGAUGAGCGUCAGUAAACCGAGCCCAGACUUAUUUUUGGUUGUCAGAUUGGAAAAAGUAUUGCAGGGUGAUAUCUCGGAAUGCGCCGAGCCGUAUUUACGCGAAGACAAGAAUAAAGAUAAAGUGAGAGCAGCCGCUGUAGCUGCGUGCGAGCGUUUGGGUCGGUACAGAAUGCCGCUUGCGUGGACUGCGAUUCACCUUUCCGGUGUGAUAGGAGGUGGAGGAGACACUGAUAGCACAGGAAGCGCUGGUUCUUUAGACAGAAAAUCGGGUGGGUUGGAACAGUGGCGUAAAAAAGUGGAACCGCCAGCCAGAAGAGGCUCGUUGGAAAGGAGAAGCUCGGACAAAAGACGUAGCUGGUCGCCAGAUGAUUUUGCUAAUUGCCUGGAUACAUUUAGACCAAUCACACUGACUGUUUCGAGUUUCUUCAAGCAAGAAAGCGAACGUCUUAGAGAUGAAGAUCUGUACAAACUGUUAGUCGAACUACGAAGACCUGGUUCUAAUUUAAAACGACUCAAAUGUCUACCGGGGAUAUUAAAAUUGGAUCUCAGCCCCAGGCCUGAAGAACUGCCUAGGUGUUUAGAUCCUGACCUCAGAAGACUAGUGCCAUAUCCUGACGAGAAAAGUCGACCGGUUAAAGAAAUUCUCGAAUUCCCAAGCGAAGUUAUUUCGCCAGAUUUGACGUAUCGAAACCUCCUCUACAUUUAUCCAAAGGAGGCGAAUUUCAGCUCUAGAACAGGUUCUGCGCGAAAUAUCGCGGUGAGGAUUCAGCUUAUGGGCGGUGAACAAGAAGCCGAUGCCCUCACAGCAAUAUUCGGCAGAUCAUCGUGCCCAGAAAUGACCCACGAGUGUUUCACUUCCGUUUCCUAUCACAAUAAAAAUCCGAACUUCUACGACGAAAUGAAGAUUCGACUUCCCGCUGAUCUAAGCGCGAAACAUCAUUUGCUAUUUACGUUUUAUCAUAUCAGUUGCCAGAAGAAAGUGGAGCAACCUAACGUCGAGACUGCUGUAGCGUAUACAUGGCUACCACUUUUAAGAGACGGACACUUGCAAUCGGGUGAAUUUAGUUUACCCGCGAUGCUGGAUCCACCACCGGCGAAUUAUUCGUACAUCGCACCUGACGUUCUUCUACCAGGAACGAGAUGGGUGGAUGCCCACAGAGGAGUAUUUACUGUGAUUUUAGAGCCCGUAUCUAGCGUUCAUCCCCAAGAUAAAUAUAUUGAUAGGUUCCUUUCGCUAUGUGGAUUCCUGGAAACGGGCCAGGUGCCUCCUCGCAUCGGAGAAGCGGGAAUGGAAUCGGAAUUGAAAUCAGCUCUACUGGAAUUGGCAAGAGCGUCGCACUCAGCUCUUGUACGAUCGCUACCUCAAUUAUUGGAUCAAUUAAUAUCGCUAUUAGUACGACCGCCAACGCUGCCUUCUCAGCCCCUAAACAUAGCAGCUACUGUGUUCGAGGCUAUAGGUCUUUUAGUCCGAAAUAUCACUAAUCUUCCCGACGGUCAAUUGGACGCUCACGGAAGACACGCUCUUUUGGCGACGUACGUCGCAUACCAGUGUUCUUUACCGCAAAUGACUCAAGCACCUGGCAUCGUUCGAGCCCAAAGCAACCCUGACCUACCACUAGAAGAUCUUGAAAUGGAGAUCCAUUCCAGAGGACUGGACCGAACAGCCUCAAUGCGGCAGGAAUCGCCGUCCAUAAACAGUCAACCCACCAGAAGACUUUUACACGAGGAAUUAGCUUUGCACUGGGUCGUUUCUACGGGACAGGCGAGGGAAUUGGCUGUGACCUAUUCGUGGUUCUUUUUGGAAUUGAUCUAUCGCUCAAUGGUUGUGACGUUAGCGGAAAUGGGAAUGCUGGAAGUUCCGCGGAAAUCUCGAUUCUCGCCGCAAUUCUGUGACGACGUGGCCACGCUUACCGCUGCGCUGACCUCGGAAGUGAUCUCACGUUGCGGAAAGGAUACUAGAGUACCUAACAAUUUGAUAUUUAGCCUAGGCAACUUCCUCUCUGAUCUGUUAUCAGUAAUGGACAGAGGAUUCGUUUUGUCCUUAAUUCGUGCUGCCUGUUGCUCCCUGUCUGACGCAUCAAUGCAUAUACCUGACUCAGCCGCGCUUUACGCAUUGAAAUUGGAUCUCGUGCGAACGGUGUGCUCGCACGAACAUUACGUGGCUCUCAACUUGCCAUUUGGUACCGGAUACACUUCGGGAUCGGCGCCAGCUUCACCCAGUCCAUCGACUGGUAGCUCUGGCAGUUUGAUAUCUACUUUGGUGCCCGGAGAUCGAGCCAGGUUCUCCGAACUCAGCCAAGAGUUUCGACAACAACAUUUCUUAGUAGGCAUCGUUUUAUCUGAUUUAUCGAACACGUUAGAGAUACCGAAUCCUAUGCUUCAAAAUAAAGCCAUCGGAAGCAUCCGACAUUUAAUGGCGUGCCAUGACGUAGAUUCGAGAUACACGGACCCCUCUGCGAAAGCCAGAGUCGCUGCAUUAUAUCUACCACUUUUGAAUAUUAUAAUGGACGCUCUGCCACAGCUCUAUCAUUGGGAUUCAAAGGAUAAAAGCGUGUAUCCCGACGAAUCUGGGUCCAUCACACAAUCCGUAGCACUAGCCAUAGCAGGCGGAGUUUCUGCGGAAACGGCAGGGGCUCAAUGCAGAGUUUCUUUGAGCUCUGAAGCUACAAGACACCUUUUAAUGUGCGUUCUAUGGGUAUUGAAAGGAUUGGAACAAUCUGCAUUGGCUCAGUGGUGCGCGGAGCUCAGUUCUAGGCGUAUUCUGUGCCUUCUUCAAGUUCUUAACAUCGCUACUGCCGCGUUUGAGUACAAGGGUAAAAAAGCAUUGAAGAGACUGCCGCCGCAGGCUGCGGCUACUAGUGAUAUCCGAUCUAGAUUAGAAGACGUGAUUCUCGGUCAAGGAAGCGCCAGAAGCGAGAUGAUGUUGCGAAGAAAGGAGAGAAUGAGCGGGGAUAAACUUCGGUGGCGCAAAGAUCAAAUGCCUUAUAGAUCCUGCGAGCAAUCGGAAGCGAGAGCAGUGGAACAAGAUGCUCAUAUAGAAGGUGCCUUAGCAGCUGAAGCCUCACUGGUAGUCCUCGAUGCUUUAGAAACUGUGGUUCAAGCCGAUGGAGGCGGAGGUGCGGUUGUAGGAGCGGUAUUGAAAGUUCUUUUGAGAGCGUUAGCCAGGAAUCAGAGCACGUCCGUGUUGCAACACAUGUUCAAUACUCAGCGAGCUUUAGUGUUUAAGUACCAUAGCGCACUUUUCGACGAAGAGAGCGAGAGAUGCGGUGAUUUGUGCUUAACGCUGCUAACCAGAUGCAGUUCUCCCUUGAGUGCUGUUCGCAGCCAUGCUGCUGCCAGUCUUUAUUUACUCAUGAGACAGAAUUUCGAAAUUGGCAAUAACUUUGCAAGAGUAAAAAUGCAAGUCACGACAUCCCUGUCCGCUCUCGUUGGAAGAGGGAGAGCACCCAGCGAAGGAGCACUUAGGAGAGCAUUAAAAACAGUAUUGGUGUACGCUGAACGGGAUACUGAACUGGCAGACACGAGCUUCCCAGAACAAGUAAAAGAUCUCUUGUUCAAUCUACACAUGAUACUCUCUGAUACCGUUAAGAUGAAAGAAUUCCAAGAGGAUCCAGAAAUGCUUUUGGAUCUCAUGUACAGAAUUGCCAAAGGAUACCAAGGCUCACCGGACCUUAGACUCACGUGGCUGGCAAACAUGGCACAGCAACACAUGGAGAGAAAGAAUCACACGGAAGCAGCUAUGUGUUUGGUUCAUAGCGCGGCUUUAGUAGCAGAAUAUCUGCACCUUCUGGAGCCUGGGGGUGGAGGACGACCUGUGGGAGCUGUUGCCUUGGCUCCUGUUACACCAAACGCUUUAGAAGAGAGUGCAGUGGGUGAUGACGUGCUAGCAAGAAGAGAAGAAGGUCUCUGUCUGGGGCCAGAUUUUUCAGAAAGCGGUCUAGCUGGUUUAUUGGAACAUGCUGCCAGCUCUUUCCAUGCAGCUGGCAUGUACGAAGCGAUACCUGACGUCUACAGAGUUCUGUUACCCAUUGCAGAAGCAGCACAUGAUUAUAAGAAACUAGCUAAUAUUCACGGUAAACUUCAUGAAGCAUACACAAGAGUGGAACAGCUAGCAGGGAAACGAGUGUUCGGGACGUAUUUCAGAGUUGGAUUUUACGGAAGUCGUUUCGGUGAUCUCGCGGGCGAGGAAUUUGUUUACAAAGAACCGACUUUGACCAAGUUACCAGAGAUAUUCUCGAGGCUUGAGAAUUUCUACGCUGAGAGAUUUGGCGCGGAGAACAUUGUGAUAAUCAAGGAUUCGAAUCCUGUAGAUCCUAGCAAAUUAGAACCGGACAAAGCAUACGUUCAGAUUACAUAUGUAGAACCGUAUUUUGAACCACACGAACUAAGGCAUAGGCCCACUAUUUUCCAUCGAAAUUUCAACAUCAAACGAUUUGUGUAUGCGACGCCAUUUACACCUGGUGGGAAGGCUCACGGAGAACUGAGGGAGCAGUGUAAACGCAAAACUAUACUAACAGUAGCAACACACUUCCCUUAUCUAAAGACGAGAAUUCGAGUGGUCGCUAGGAAGCAGAUAGUCCUGAGCCCAAUCGAAGUUGCAAUCGAAGACAUCCAAAAGAAAACCGCAGAGGUUGCAGCAGCAACAGCCCAAGAACCACCUGAUGCAAAAAUGCUGCAGAUGGUCCUUCAGGGUUGCAUUGGGACAACAGUGAAUCAAGGCCCUGCAGAAGUUGCAGUCGUGUUCCUUUCUGGUUUGAGAGAGCAAAACGCUCAGCCUACUAGAUUGCAGCACAAACUGCGCCUGUGUUUUAAGGAUUUCUCAAAGAAAUGUUUAGACGCCUUGAGGAGAAAUAAGAAUCUAAUCGGGCCGGACCAACGAGAUUAUCAACGAGAAUUGGAGAGAAACUACCAAAGAUUAACAGAAAGGCUGAGUCCUCUCAUUGCUUGGAGUGGACCUCCGUUAGGAAGCCAACAGAAUAUUCCAACGACAUCACCACGUUGGUAAUCUGACUGAAUAACAGUUACCAAAGAUCACUGAUACAAGUAUUUACUGUUCAUAAAAUAUUAGCAGCAUAUGCUAUUCACAGCAUCAAAGUAUAUAUUUAUAUCUAUCAACCUUUUUUAUAAUGAUUAUUACUGCUAUACAUAGUGUCUGCCUUAGACAGUUUAAGAUAACAAGAUUAGAGCUGCUAGUCCUCUAGUUAAAAAAGGAACGUAUUAUUUGAUACAAUUGACUAUUCAAUAAUUAUGAAAGAUAAUAUUGUUUAUUAUAUGAUUAAUAUUUUCUGUGAGACAGAUUCAACUUGAACUUUACUUUUUUAUAUGCUAUGCUUGCUACUCUUACUUUGGCAGUAGCUGCAGGGAUGUCAAUACUAAAGUAACAAUAAUGAUAAUAAUAUUAAUUUUCUAUGUAACUGUCUCUCUAACAGUUGUAGACAAUUAUUAUUUUCAAUUGUCUAUGAUACAACAUUUAAUAUAUUAUAACAGUUGGUAAUCACAACUAAUAACGAUUGAUUUUAUAUUUUGUAUCAUGAUACAUAACAUACUGCCUAGUAUAUAGAAGCUAAAUGUCUAUUUAUGUAUUUAGUCAUUAAGGAAGCUGUGAUUUUUUAAUUAAACAUGGAAAUAUACAUAUUAUCUCAA